GCCAUAUUGGUAUUGUCAAAAACUUCGGGAUAUAUCGGUGCCGAUGAAAAAAUGGUUUCAAGUCUUUUAAUUACCGAGUUAUCUGUUUUCGAGUGAUCUAAGAGGACCAGCGGUGACUUUAGAUGUUACGUUUGUCGUAUGAGUUGUGUUAUUCGGUUCUUAAAUGAUGUUUUCCAUGGAGAAAUGUUUAGGCCGUAGUGGUACUGGUAAUGCUGAGGAAGCUGAGCUGUUCGCCGGCGGAGGCGAGGGGCUGGGCAAGGAGGGAGUGCCUUCAGACGAGGUGGCUUCAGCCGUGGCCGCGGUGUCUGACGAGAUCGGAGACAUCCUGAAAGAUGAGCUUGGCGAUGCGGAUCGGGCGGAGCGCAUCGGGGCUGAGCUAGCCGAUCUGAGCGCGGAGCUCGGUCUACUCGCAGGAUUGGCAGACGGAGAGCCCCAGCAGGACUUCCCAUCUCUUUUCGAAAUAGCCAUGGGUCACCGCGGCUCCGGCAGCGGUUCCUCCUCGUCCUCCUGGUCGGGGGGGCGCGGAGGACGGCCGAGGCGUCACUCCCGACCGCAGAGGGCGCCUAGGCGACGACCCAUCGCUAAGGGGAAAGAGAUGUCUCGGCGGCGCAGUGCGGCCGCUCGACGCGCGGUAUGCAUGCGCGUGCGUCGCGUGGAGGUGGUGUCCGACGCGUCCGACGUCGGCGCCGAGUCCGACUCCGACGACCAGUGGACCGAGCUCGACGAUGCUUCCGGUUCAUCAGACAGCUCUUCACUGAAGGAGGCGGCGGCCGUUGAUGUCGACUGCAACGGCUUUCAGCAUAAGGCAGAGGCUCCAGCGAUGGGCCAGUUCUUACUGCCGCUGCUGAGCUCCGACGCUCCCGCGCCCGACCCCGAACACUUCCUCAUACGCCACGAGGAUAUACUGCAGCUUCUCGCGUCGGCGGAAGAAAUAGUUCACGAUGACAUACCGUUAGAGGAUGACUCCCCACAGGAACCACAGACUGACAUGCUGUCUGGCAGUGAGAUGCUGGACGAUGACGCGGCCGUCACCGCCGAGGAGGAAGCUGCGUUGUUGCAUUACGUCUGUGGCAUGGAAGCUGAGCGCCUAUCCAGCUCUGGCGUGACGUUCUCGCCCGUGCAGGACUGGCUGCUCGGCGUCUUCCACUCCUUCUGCGAGAUAUCAGCACUCAUGUUCACUGUCAUCGGGACUAAUAUGAGCGUCGAAAUGGUAACGGAAGACUGGGUGUAUCGUGCCCGGUUCGGCUGCCACUGUCGCCUGUGCCUGUGCCUCGCGAACAACGCGGACGCUCUGCUCGCCUUCAUACGGGACUGUGUGUGGGCGUUGGCGCACUGUAAGUUAUAUAUUAUAUGUUGUACUAGGUUCCGCUCCAUUCUUAGGGGGGACUACUGCCCGUUCCGUGAGAGAAAAUAUAGCUUACUAGUUUCUGCCAGCGGUUUUACCCGCAUCCCGUGUGAACCUCUACACGAACCCGGAUAUAACCUCUAUAUUAUAUUACUAUAUAGACAAUAUCCUUACUUUUUUUUGUUUUACCACAAUUUUUCAUUCUUUUCGGCAGGUGGCAGCACGGUCGGCGCAGCGGCGCGGAUGGUCCGCGCGGUGCGGGCCCGCGCGGACUCGCAGCCCGACCUCUGGGACAUACCGCUGUUACGCCGGGCACUGGCGCCGCCGCAGAGUGCAGCAAUAAUACACGAACAGCUUUGCAAGUUAGCUGCUCAGAGCGAGACGACACAUCAGAUAGUCAACAGCGUCUGUCUAUGUCGACCGUUCGAUAAGCCCAUGGAGAAAGAGUACGCUGUAGAGAGGUUUUGCAAAAUAUUGGAAAACUUCAAAGCGGCGUCUACUAUUACAUUUAAGGUUGAAAUGAUCCCAGUAGGCGUGGGCUGCAACGAGUCAGGCCGGUGGGGCUGGGUACCAGCUGCCCGGGCUCGCUUGCAGCGUUACUUGAAAGCUCACCAACGCGCCCCCACCCGCGCGAGGCUCGCUGACAUGGCGGCGCAGACUGACUCUAGGGACCUGAGCGCAUGGUCGGGCUAUGAGCAUCGGUGUGAUUGCCUGACGCCGAGGACCUUGUGUGCACAGCAGAGGAAACAGCUUUUAAGUGGUUUAUGGGGAAGACCGGUGUUCAUCAGUGGGCAUCUAAGAGCUGCUAUCUUCUCAUUCUUCGGUAUGAUGCAAACGGUGAAUGUCUUCAAUGGUGCUAAGCCGGAAACUAGUUCUGAUGGUGAUAAGCCUCCAAACGAGAUGGAACCAGAGACAACGAGCAGAGAGUUGCAGCAAGGAGACGGAACAGGAGCAAAGCCACCAGAAGACGGGCCGGACAGUAUCGAGAGCAUGGGCAGCGCCGAAAGCCACGCCAGCGGAGACAGCGCCGACACCGCCGACACUGCUGACAGCGCUGACACUGGUGAGAGUGGGGAGGGAGUGGAAUGCGCGGGAGGUGAGGCGGCACCCGCCGUUGACAAAGAUAGUGAUUCUAAUCCUACAUGCGACUUCGAUGACAUAUCCGACUCCGACGCGAACUCCGGCACAGCAUCCCUAGGCCUAUCCACCUCCUCAUCACUAGACUCCGCAUCAGAAUUGCUCCUAGCUGCAGCAGCGGCCGUAGAGUCAGGAGGCUCCGAGGGCGAAGCCCCGCCCGGCGAGCUGUGCCGCACCGUGCGUCACCUGAUGCGGUCCAUAGCGUCCAUCGAGCGGCUGAUGGACAGGGUGCUCAAGCACUGCGACGAGUGGCCCGCGCCGCCCACCAGGAACGACCACGAGGCCAGGAAACGCGUAGACAUGGGUCUAUCGGAGGUGGAUCGCAAGCUGAUGGCGAUGUACCGCCGUCUGCCGGAAGUGCAUCGCAGGCAGCUGCAGGUCUAUAGGAAGCAGAAGAAAUUGUCCACUGUGUGCAUGCAGCUGGUGGGCGGGUCGGCGCCGGCGCCGCCGCCGCCCGGCUCGCCGCCGCCCGCCGCGCCGCACCAGCCCUGCCGAGCGCUGUGUCCCGAGUACCAUCUGCAGCGGUUCAAGGAGGUUCGUCGCAAAGUGAUGCAUAUGAGAGACCAACAGUUGUACUACCAUAGACUGAGGAUGUGGCUCGAAGAUCAACUGCGUCACGAACGAGAGAGCCUACCAGAAAGCAACGUAACACUAAUCGAAGACCUCCCCCGUCGCAAAAGACGGACGUCCAGCCCCAAAAUACCGCGCCUCACUACCGCCCCCAAGCGAAAACUUAAACCCGUCUCCCCCUCUAUUUCUAAACCACAUAAAAUACUUCAAAUGCUUAAACACAAGGCUCCCGCGCAAACGACUCAACUUCUCACAGACGACAUAAAGUCUGCCGACAGUAAGGACGCAGAAUGCCCCGAAGCAUUCCCUCUUGAAAGGGAAGAAAAUGUCUCCGAUACCGAAACUAUAGUAGGGGAGAAGGAAACCGGAGAUAUGUGUAAAGAAAUGAAGGAAUGUCUGGCUAAAUUUUCAAAUUUCGCUCUUAGUAAUGAUACUGGGGUCGAAAUUAUGCAAGUUGAAGGGAAAUACCCAGAGUCUGUCAGUCCUCCUUUACAAGAAAUGUCCCCGACCACACCAGAACCUAUGCCUGUGUAUUCCUCUAAACCUAACCAAAGGCUGCUCUCAGUUAACAAGUUUCUAAAUAAAGAUGAUACAACAGAUUUUAACCAACAAAUUACACCCGAAGUUUUAAAUAUACCACUAAACGCGAGACGGACGCCGCUACUCGUUAAAGACGAAAAGGAACCGCUAACCGACUGUGUAGAAAAUGAUAAAGAUUCUAGUAUUUAUAAGUAUGUUUCUUUUGGACUAGAAAUUAAGAAAGCCAUGGAGGAGUGUCAGAAUAUUAUUAAUUCUUAUAACAGUAUGAAAGAAGGGAAAAAGGAAGAGGAAGGGCAAUUAUCUUUAGAGCAAAUCUGUGAAGUCAUGAUGACUUUAGACAAGAAUUCAGCAGAAUUCCUAGAUAAAAUCGACACUGAGGAUCCUAUAGACAUUAACACAGCUAACACGAAAUUAGCUGAGCUCGUUGAAAAUAUGCCUCAAAUUUUAGCUAACAUGCCCGAAAUUGCUUCCAAACUAUCCGAUAUUGCAAACACAUCUUUCGGACUACCCGAAUUCGCGUCUAUAAUGAACAGUCUACCGGAAGUUAAUAACGAAGCCCAGUUAACACCGGAAACUUUGAAACAAAUAAGAGAGUUGAAACUAAAUAAGUCUAGGGAUAGCGUUAAAGUGACUAAGAAUACUACAAAGCGUAAAACUCAACGUAGAAUUAAGAGUAAUAUAGAUAAUAGUGAUGUUAUAGGCACAAUGACUUUUGAGUUAGACAAUAAAGAUAUAGUCGAACUUCUAAAAGAUGACAAGGAUUUGCAAGCGUUAAUGAAAAAUAAGAACAGAGAGGAUUUCAAAGACUUACUUUUCUCAAUCUCCGCUCAAGUGGUUAUUAACAAAGUCUUUGAGUAUUUAAAGCAAAACAAAAGUCCGGUCUUAGCCAAGUGUUUAGAAGAGGAUAAAGAUUUAUUCUCUCUACCGAAGAAUAGUUUGAACUCCGAAAUGUAUUCUAAAGCGUCUACUCUUUUUGAAAACUCCGUCAAAGACGCAUUAAGUAUGGAAGAGUUGAGAGAGCUUGUCAAAUCUCGCUUCAAUUCUUGGAAACAUUAUGUCCAAUCGAAAUUCAAAGGAAUUCCAGUUGAAAUAUUAGACGGUGAGAUCGAAGAAAUGCUAGAUAAAUUCUAUAGUUACAUACAAGAUUUAGCGGGGAAGAAUUUUGUACCCGACCCAGAUAGGAUGGCAGCUAAGUUAGAAGAAUUGAAGAAACACCACGAAACACAUAGAGAUUCUGACUCAGACUCUCGUGAGUCUGUCAGACAGAUACUUCUGACUACAUCUGUGGGUAAUACCCUAGAUAUACUUAUAAUGAAAUUCCCUAAAUUAACACACGAGAAGAAAGUAAUGGUUAAAGGUCUGAAAUUUAAAUAUAUGAAUGUUUUGCGCAGAUGUUGUGAGUCACAACCUUUAGCGAACUGGAUAUUGACUGACCCGGAAACGGCUAUAAACGUUAUUCAAGACCUUAUGGAUUUCCAAGUGAAACAGGCUGAGAAUAUACCAGAUUUUACAAGCAUGACCAAUGAGAAGAAAAGGGAUUAUUUCGUCGAUAGAUUGAGAGAAGUUAACAAACAAUAUAUGGAGACUUUACCGAAGAAGAAUCUUUCUGGUGACGAAUGGUUAGUCAUGUUAUACAAACUAGAACAGUAUGAAGAAAAGUUAAAAGAGAAUUUUAAUAAGGCUUCUCCGCAGCCGGUUAAAACUACCCAGAACGCUAGCGAAGCUGAAAUUCUAGCUGCUAAAGGUUUAAGCAAGAUAAUAGGUAAAGCUAGUAUAAGAGUUGUCAAAAAAACCGACCCACCGAAGAAAAAAGAGGAGAAAAUCAAAGAAAAGGUCGACGAUGAUGAUAAGAAGUGUAAAAACGAUGCUUUGCUAGCCAAAUGUGAGGCGAUUCUAACUUCUAAAGGCGAGAAAUCUUUGCUAGACAGCUUUUACACUAUAAAGUCUUAUAUAACCCAAGGGCUACCAGUCCCAGAGACUUAUAAAAAACACGUUAUUUCUAUAUGCUCGUCAAUUGACGCAAAACUUUUAGAUGAAGACAUAGAAGAGAGUCUAAAGUCUGAACCGGAAACGGUGGAAUCCGACGCUAAAGAUAAGCCAAUUUCUCCUCAAAAUCACGAUGAUUUAGCUAAGUAUUCAGCUCAAGCGUUAAGGAACGCGAAACAGACUUUAAAUGCUGUCGCCUUCAAGAAUAUAACUCGCAACGGUCAGAGUAAGUCAGAAUCAGAUGUCUGUGACACUCCCAAAUCAGAUUGCAAAUGGACUAAUGAUUGCGUCUGCAAUUCUUGCAAGGAUAACGAAACCACGUGUUUAGGAGAUAUGGUGAAACAGUGCUAUGAUGGUGAGAAGAAGGUGGAUAAGAAAAAAGUGGAGAAGAAGCCGGUUGUGAAGCCGAAGCCGGUGGCUAAGGCUUGUGAGAAUGUUAACCAUCAGCAGCAUGUUUGUAAAGUGGGUCACGGCGGCGCGAUGUGUGCGGGAGAGGGCACGGAACAACCCUGCACUUGUUGCUACUGCACCGUUUUUGGACAUGCUCCGCCAUUAACAACGCCUGUGCCUCGGAACUUCAACGAGACGAGAGAACGACUAAGGUCUAUACUCAACAAGAAGAAACAGCAGUGCAAGAGUGCUAAUGGUGAACAACCGGAGCCUGCGCCGUGCGAGCCGCCCGCCGCGCCCAAACCCGCCAAGCCGCCCGUCCUCGCGCCUAAACCUCCGGCCUUACCAAAAACCCAGCCACCGAAUUUGACCCCCGCCCAAGUGCAACAAAAGCGACAGUCCAUAGACACACAGCAGAGACAACUUGCCGACAAGAUGGCGCGGAUGGCUGUCUCUGACAGGCCCGCUGUUGCUGCUCAAGCUAAACCUAAGGCUCUACAACGCACGGUACCUAUUCAAGUGAACGUGCCGCCAGGAUUGAAAACCGAAGGGAAAGUCAACCCUAACGCUAUGGAGCAAAUACGGUUGCAGCAAUUAAAACAACAGCAGCAACAACAACAAGCCCAACUACAACAGCAACAGCAACAAACUCAGCAACCGCAACAACCUCAACAACCGGCCCCACAACCUGUUCAACAGCCUGCCCAACCAACUCAGCAGACUCAGCAGGCCCAACAACAAGCUCAGCAGACUCAGCAGCCGCAACAACAGAAGAAGCCGGAGCCGAUAUACGAUCUGCCUAUACACAACAAGCCGACGUUGACUCCGCAACAACAGCAACAGAUUAGACAACAGCAACAGAUGAGGCAGCAGCUACAACAGCAACAACAACUUCAACAACAGAACCAGCUCGCCCAACAACAACACCAACAGCACACUCAACAACUGCGAGCUCAGCAGGCAGCUCACCAGGCUCAGCAAGCUCAGCAGGCUCAGCAGGCUCAACAACAGGCUCAGCAAGCUCAGCAGGCUCAGCAACAAGCUCAGCAGACUCAGCAGGCUCAACAACAGCGGCAGAGCAGAGCUCAGCAGCAACGGAGUACUGUGUCUCUUUCUAGUAGAGAUACUAGUGUGUUCUCUACUUCGUCUGGUUGCUCUGGCGGUUCAUGUUGGCGUGGCUCUCGGCCAGAAGACACGCGGGAUCUAGACGCUCUUCUGCAGUACAUAGAGGGACCCGCCAGACAUGUCGACCGCGGCAAGAAGCGAGCCAAGAAACAGAGGCAGAAGGCCAAGAAGAUGGAAUCCCGACUCAUAGAAGAAAGAAACGCCGUAGUAAACGAACUCUCUCGAGCUCGACGCGAACUAGACGCCUUACACGUCGCCCACCACGCCGCCAAGCGACGCCUCGACACUACACGAGCGUUACUGCACGCGCAUACCAAGCCUAAACGUAAGGGUAAAAAGCAGAAGUUAAACCCGGCGCAACAGGCUAAAGUGCAGCUCGUAGCUGAACAGCUAGGUGAACUGACCACACUCAUGAAUACCACUUCUAAGGAAAUGGCAGCAGCCGAGAAGCAAGUGCUAGACUUCUCGCGGCGGCUGCAGAACUGCGAGCGACAGCUGGCCGAGUCCCGCGCCGUGCAGGGCAAGCCCGACCGCCCCGACAGGCCCGCUCAGCAUGCUCAACAGAUCGACCAAGCGGCACACCAAGCGGCACUCCUAGCGAAACAGCAACAACUCCAACAACAGGCUUUACAACAACAACAACAACAACAACAGCUGCAACAACAACAACAGUUGCAACAACAGCGGCAGCUACAGCUGAUGCAGCAACAAGCAGAGAAGCAGAAGAUUGACAAGCACAAGCAGAAUGCUAGCUUUAUCCAACAACAACAACAACAGCUGCAACAACAACAACAGUUGCAACAACAGCGGCAGUUACAGCUGAUGCAGCAACAAGCAGAGAAGCACAAGAUUGACAAGCACAAGCAGAAUGCUAGCUUUAUCAACGGACAAAACGGCGGCGGCAUAGUAUGCGUCCGUCGGUCCCCGGGCGACGGCGCCGUGACGCUGUCGCUGCCCGGCCAGCGCAGCGAGACGCCGCUAGCUCAGCUCGUGCAUAAUAAUAAGCAUGUUACUGUACUGAACGUAUGCGGCGAGCAAGCAGCUCCGACACAGAAGCCUAGCGAGGGUCGCAAGCAGACGUGGGAGCAAGCGCUCGCCCAUAUCAAUCAGCUAGCCAAACAGGGGAAAGAGAAGAAAAAACAAAAAGAGCAGAAAGAACCCAAAGAGCAGAAACAACAAGAGCAGAAACCUGCCAAAGACAAUAAGGAACAAUCAAAGACUCCCCAGGCCGAAACUCAGCCACUGUCCAAGAAACAGAGAAAACUGCUGGCUAAACAACAGGCUGAAGAAGAAGAAAAGAAAAAACAACAGCAACAACAACAGCAAUCAGACUCGAAAACCAAAAAGUCAGACUCGAAGUCCGACACCAAAUCCGACUCCAAGUCUGACAAGAAACCCGAGCCUAAACCUGAAACUAAGAAGAAUGAUAAAAAACCGGAACCGACUAAGAAGGAGAAAAAAGAAGAGAAAAAGAAAGAAAAGGCCGCUGAUAAGAAGGUGGAGAAGAAAGGGAAGGAAAAUAAACAGGAGAAAACGCCCACACCACAAACGAAAGCAACAAAGCAACAACCACAACAGCAACAGACGCAACAAACCAAAAAGGAAAACAAGAAGCAACAACAACAACAACAGCAACAGCAGCAACAACAACAACAGAAGCGACAAGUCAUCAACAUCACGCCUGACACUAGCAUUGAAGUUGUUACUAACAAGACUCCGUGCACAAACGAGCCUGAAAAGCCAGCGUCUUGCAGUAUCAUGGAACAACUUAGUUGUGGAGUUCAGGUGGCGGAUUUAAAACUACCGCCCGGCAUUACUUUGACUCGAGUACAACCUUCUGAGAAGAAAGAACCGCCGCCCAUCAAAUCUGUUCCACUAUGGAAAGCAGGGCAGUUACCGGCCGCUCCGACGCCCGUAGCCCGGCCCGCGCCGGUCAUCAAUGCUGACCCUGCUAAUGUUAUGUUUACUACGCAGAUGCCGGAACCGCCAAAACCAGUCAUCAUAGCCGACCCGCCACCACCAGUCGGCAAAUCGAAAAAAGCCAAAAAGAAGGCCAAGAAAGCCGCGCAGGCCGCUGAAGACGCAAAGCCGGACGGCACCAAGAUAGUCACCCUACGAAACCCCAUGUUCCACCCCAACUUACCACCAGUUCAAAUAUCCAGCAAUAAUAGCCAGCCCGUACAAAAGAAACAAGAACAAAUUAGGAUUCCGGAUCCAAUUCCUAUGCCUCCGAACGCUUGUCAAGCUACCAUCACACCAACAUCCAAUGGAAUGUACACUAUACGGAACCCAUUAAUGACAAUGAUGCAUCAACAAAGUCUAAUGGGGGUUCGCACCCAAAGCCCCCAACUGAACCCUAUGUAUGGACAGCAGUAUAACUAUGUGAACCCUAAUACGUACACCCCGGUCAACCCAACUCAAUUCGAACGUUCUUCACCGAAGCCAGAUGACUUUCAAACGAGAAUCAUGAAUUUGGCAUCGUUUACUCAGAAAAAUGAUGAAGGGUACUCCUUAUUUAAGACUUCUGAUGAUAAUCAGCAACGUAGUUUUUUGACACCGGAAUAUUUUGAAAAUCAGAGCCCUAAAUCGAUGGUUUCUCCAAACCCGAUUGGAACGAGACCGGUUGAAACCCGUCCCUUCGAGUCCGAUACAUCUUUAUUUGCUAAUCCGAUUCAACGACCCGAACCAAUUGGAACACCGUUGAAGCAAGAAGUAGAUUACACUGGGUUGUACACACCGUUCGGUCAAGAAGAUAGGAAUGUUUUCCGUAAUGCACUUUUUAGUGAUAAAAAUGAUAAUAAUCAUCAAAAAAGUGAAGAUUUGGGAGCGAAUAAUGUGUCCAAUGGUGAUUCGUUACCGUAUUUCCAGAGGUUAAGAGUCGGUUCGAAGCUGAAUAGUGAAGUUACGAUUCAUCAUGUUACGGAGUCCAAGUUUUAUAAGGGGCAGGAGCCCGGAGCGUCAGUAGAGCAGUCACAAGAGGAGUCGCUGUUCAGUCGGCCCACCACCUGGCCGGACCAACUUUACCCGGAUAAUGCUGAGCGGUGCGGAGCUGUGGGCGCGGCUGCCCCGGAGGCGGCGCCGCGCUUCGGGCCCAUCGGAGCCCCCAGCCAGCACGACCCCGAAUGCCACGUAUUCCUACCCGACUGUUCAAUCACCAAUCUCUCGGAGUUAGAACUGAGUGAACGAGAAAUUGAAUCUUUCAAACGCUUCGAUUUUUACUUCUCCCCGCCUCAACAUAAGCCCAAAGUACGUUUAGACGUAGCUGCCAUGCGACACACGCAUAACUAGUGCGUUACAUCGGAAAUUGUUCAGCCGAAAAAUUAUGUAACUACCCUAAAAUAAUUGAGACGAAUUUUAUACCUGAUGGUGACAAAAAUGAGUGUUUUGUUAAAUGGCUGGAUGGAUUUUGGUGUGGAAAAAUAAAAUCUGAGGCUAAGUUUUGUCUUAAUUUGUUCAGCCGUUUUGUUGUAAUUGUGUCUGUAAAAUGCCUGGAUUGGUUUGGGUGAAAUUUGGUAAACAUAUAGCUGUAACAAAUAUUGACAAGAUUAUGAUUAUUACUUGACCAUAUUUUUAUUGAAACAUACAAAAAUGUAAGUGGCCCUUUGGACACAAUAAAUGUUAUUAUAAAAAAAUACCGCACAUAAAAAAUUUCAUUCAAUUUAGUCCAGCCGUCACAAAGUCAAAACUUACUGGGCUGAAUUUGAUAAAAUAUCUAUAAUAAGUUAAAUAUUUCCAUUAGAUUUGACUAAAGUCUAUCCAGCCAUUAUGGAUAUCAAUGACAAAAUAAUUUUUUAACUUCUCAGAAAGAGAAGAUAUUAUGAUAGACACAUAUUAUUAAGUUUAGCAUAUCGAACGCACUAUAAAUCUACUUAGUAACAUUUUUAACCGACUUCCAAUAAAAUUUUGACAUAGUUCUAGUUGCCACCGACUUCUAGAGCCAUGCCAAAUUUUUUUAUUUUGUCCCUUUCAGGCCCGGCUGUUCGAAGCUCAGUUACGUCAAGGUUAAGGUUAAAUUCUAGUUACAGUAAAAUUAACAAGGUUUAAAUUCAAAAAGCGUUGUUGAAGUACCAGUUAGUUUAACGAACGUUAAAAUUUCAUAAUAAAAACGUCAAAUUAACCGUGGUCAAAAUUUACAUCGGUCAAAUUUUAACUUUAACUUUACCGUGACGUGCGAACAACCGGGCCUGAGUGUUUUAUGAAGUCGGUUAUACGUUUUUCGCUGUAAAUCUAUUAGGUAUAAGAAAUUGACUUUAACCUACUACAGUCGACUCUCGUUAAUUCAAACCUGCGAUAAUUCGAACCUCUCUUUUAUUCAAAGUUAUCACGAGUUCCCUACAAAAUCUCUUUAUAUUUCGAACUAAAUCAAUACAUUUUUAUGCACUUGGUAAUUCAAACGAAAAAAUCAUUGCUAUGUAACAAAACGACGCGUUAUUUCGAAUUCCUAGUCGUCCAACACUCGACAAUUCAAAGUUGCAGAGAGAAAGGGGCGGAAAGAGUGAGGUUAGUCAGAGUCGGAGAGCAUUCUGAAUACAGAGUGGCAGCAAUCUGCUCUGUGGCAAACCAGUAUCAGGCCUCUGUCACUCUCGGUACUUGCGCGCGAUAAAUGCCUACCGCUCGCUGGGUUACCGGUAGCCCCACGCGGCACAGGGCUUUCGACAGCCGCUCGCGACGCGCGUGUUUUAUGUUUAUUAUUUUUAUUUGUGAACAUGACGACCUCUGGCCAGUUAUGUGCUGUGCUUGGUUGCAGCUCAAGUAAAAGAAAAAAUAUAAAGCUUUCGUUUUUCCGUUUACCUAGAGAUGUAGGUAGACAGGUCAGUUAUUGUUUAUAUUUUAUUUGGUUUUUAAAAUUAUCUAAUAAACUGAAGAACUAUUUUGAUUUGUGUAGGUGUAUAUGUGACUAUUGUAGGAAAAUGUAAAGGUUUCCUAUUAUAUAUGUAUAGGCAUUUAGAAAUAUUUUAUACCUAUGAAUGAAUAUACAUAGGUUUCUAUUUUUUAAAGUAAAAAUACUUAUGUUCUUUGUCAUUUUAAAAAUAAGCGACUUUAGAUACUUAAAUUAUAGAUACUUAUACCUUAUACUUAGUUAUACAUGCAAUGAUUACCGAGUUUUGUAGCUAAAAACAUUUCGAGUAUAAGUAGGUGUAGUUCUCGUCCAACUAAAUGCUGGCUUGGAACAUUGCAUACAUCGCUGCGCAGAAACCAAUUUUGGGUAAGUAGGUAUGUAUCAGCGGUCAGCGGUGUUGUGCCAGGGAUAAUAGGUAAGUAUAGAAUACUUACGUGUUCUGUGCUCGAAAAGUAGUUGGGCACCUCCAUUGAUUUGAGAAGUCAGUUACAAAUAAGCGUAACUUUGUUUCCCUAUUUAAUUGUAAGAGGCAACCCUACGCUCGCUGUCGGCACGGUCGCGGUCACUGAACUGUGCGCUAUCGCAUUGAAAUAACAAUCGAGCGUUGGAGCAUUUAAGGUUCAUUUUCUAACGCAGCUAUGAAUUUGUAGGUAGUUUGGGAACUUGUAGGUGCUUAUAACAGUAGGUAUGGACUUUUUUGUAUGGAGUGAUUUAUCUGUUACGUAGUAACUAUUAUAUAAUCUGUGCCAGUAUGACGACGGGGUUGUUUCGAAAGAUUACUUAAUUCAUAUUAUGAAUAAGUACAUGUGUGUACACAAAUGUAUUUUUAAACUUUUGACAUUGUUAUAGAAUAGCAGUCAAUAAAUAAUAAUUGAUCAACACUUGAUAAUUCGAAAUUCUAUUUAUUUUCUCUCACAAAUUUCGAACCAUUUAGUAUUUCAAAAACUCGAUAAUUCGUAAUAUUUUUAGAGUCCCUCGAGUUUCGAAUUAACGAGAGUCGACUGUAUUACUAUAAAUGUGCAAGUUAGUAUGUAUGCUACUCUCUAACAGUCUUACUUAAAAAAAUCUUCUAAUCAUCUUCUAAGCAUCAUUUUAACUAAUUACUACUUAAAGCCUUAAGUAGUGAUUAAAUAUUUGGGUUCAUUAAUUAGGACAUGAUUAAGCUACGUUUAUAAGUAAGGCUGUUAAUCUAUACUGUAUGGAUAGUGAUGAAACUUACAGUAGUAAUAUAGCUCAGAUUUCAGAAAAUAUUACAUUACUGUUACAGCCUUAUUAUCGUCCCACUGCUGGGCUGCGGCCUCCUCUCACACGGAGAAGGAUUGAGCGUUAAUCACCACGCUUGCUCAAUGCGGGUUGGUGAUUUUAGACUUUAUAGUACAGGUUUCCUCAAGAUGUUUUCCUUCACCUUUUUAUCAGCCAUUGGUGUCUAAGUUAUAUUACAUUAUCCCCCGAAAAAACAUUAAAAUAUAUAGGUGAAUUAAUAACCUCCCUUUUUUGAAGUCGGUUUAAAAAUUAAUAUAAGUUACUGUAGUGCGUGCGAUAUGCUAUUUUGUAAUAAUAAUUACUGGACAAUACUCUAAGAGUUGGCACACAUAUGGCUGUAAGCUGCGUAGAACACGCGAAGUUUUAUGAACACAUUGAAAUCAGGCUUUUUACUUAAAGCAAGGUUUUCAACACGAUUUUAAUAAGAUAAAUUAUGGAAUCAGACUUUACUUUGAGGUUUAUGACGUAAAAUGUUUGGAAAGUCAAAUCAUUUAUUUCAUUUAGGCCUUUACAAGCACUUAUGAACGUCAAAAAUAUAACUAAGUUUGAUUCUAGUUGCCCAUUCCAAAAGUAGCUUCCUAUGGAGAAGAACGGGCGAGAAACUCCAUAAAAAUAUGUUUAUUCGAUAUCGAUUAAGUGUCUCGCGGAAAUUAACUCUACAUAUUUUUCCUAACAUUUUAUUUUAAUAAGAAUAAUAUGAAAAUUUUCCUCGCACUUUCCGCUAUAUGUACGCCGCCCACAAUGCUUGCUUGUUGCAUGCAUUCUACAAAUGUGACGUGUAUGUAUGUACAAAAAUGCCGAUUUGACUUGUAAACCUAUGAACUUAUGUAAAUCAUAGAUUUAGAAUCUCACUAAUGUUUAAUAGAUUGGCAAUCAGUGACAGAUAACUAUAUGUAGGUGGUAUGACAAAGCAUUGUCCAAAAUAUCGCAUUUAGACAACGUUUUCUAUGGUCAAAAGUAAGAAAUUUUGAAGUUGAAGAAAGCAGCAAAUAUUUAGUGAAAUGAAAGUCACUUAAAAGUUUUGAGUAGAUCCGUUCCCAAUUAUCUAUCCGUGGAUUUGGUUACUAAAGAUAGGAAUUUGACAUUUGUAUGGGGUUUAAAAAAAUCUAUCUUUAGUAAGAAAAUCAACGGAUAGGAUCGAAUAUUGGAAGCGGCUGUCAUUGAUUGCCAAUCCAUCAACGGAUGACUUAACAAAAUCGGAUGUGACUAUAUAAUAUAUUGCUCUGUAUAGUAGAGGUAUAGAGCUGCAUUAUGACAAAAUGGCGACCGCCAUCCUAUUUGUGAGAAAUACGUGUUAAACUUUAUCAAAUACAUUAUCCACAAUCA